CCUAAUGUUUCUCUUCUUGUUCUCCAUUUAGUGAACACGCAGCGUUUUGCAGAUAAUGUCCGAGAAUGUCCAUUUCUGGGACUUUGAGCAACUAUUACGUGGACUCCAUCAUAAGUCAUGAGAGCGAUGAACUCUCAACCCCGGCUCGCUUUCCCAGUGUGCAGUAUUCCGGCUCGAGCUCUGCUGCAGCCGCGGCAGGAAGGCAGCCUGGCGGCGCUGCGCACGCUGAGCAUCCCCAUCCCGAGUCGUACCCAUCCUGCAGCUUCCAGCCGAAGCCUCCGGUCUUCUCCUCGUCCUGGAGUCCAUUCAGUCCUCACCACGGUGCCAGUGGCCUCCCUACUGUGUACCACCCUUACAUCCCAGCCCAGCACGUGCCAGCCGCGGACACACGGUAUCUACGCUCCUGGCUGGACUGCGCGCCACGCGGCUCCGACCCUGUUCCAGGGCAGGGCCAAACAGGACAGGUUAAGUUGGAGCCUCAGCUCGGCCAUCUCGGCGGAGAAAUCGCACCUAAACUCGGCGGACAGCACCACCACGAGACCACCACCUACAUCCUGGAGUCCACAUCCACGGCGCGUGAGCUAAGUCACCAUCCGACCGCCAUCCCCGGAGCAGCGUUCGACGAGAAUAAAGACAUUUGUGAAGGAAGUGAGGACAAGGACGGCCUGGAUCAAAAUGACCCAUCGGCGAACUGGCUGCACGCUCGCUCAUCCAGGAAGAAGCGAUGCCCCUACACCAAAUACCAGACUCUGGAGCUGGAAAAGGAGUUCCUGUUCAACAUGUACCUCACGCGGGACCGGCGGCAUGAGGUGGCGCGCGCACUCAACCUGACGGAGCGGCAGGUGAAGAUCUGGUUCCAGAACCGCAGGAUGAAAAUGAAGAAGCAGAGCAAGGACCAACCCAAGGACUAGUGGAGCUCUUACUUUGCGCACAGGCGCACACACAUUAAAACGCACAUGCACUCAUGAGCACAUCAUGUAUCCAACAUAAAGGUCUGGAAAACAAAAUGCCUUUCAUAAGAACGGCAUAUAUCCACUCACAUUUCAUGUUUCUGUCUAAACCUCCAGGUACCAUCACGUGCGCUUCAAUCCAGUAACACUAAUCUUUAUAACCGAUCAACUGUUUUAUUGAUCCUUGACAGACGCCCGAUGGCCAGUAACAUGUGGACAGUGGCUGGAGCUUUGGCAACAUUUGAGUGUGUUAAUGCAGGAUGACUGGGAAGAACUCACUGAUCAACAUCAACUCCUCCUGGAUUUCCUCACCAAUGGGUCGGGCUCCAUGAAAACUGUGGAUUGGACUGUAUGUUUGAUAUCCUGAUAGCUUUUGAGCGUCCUAUGUCUUCAUAGUUUUAUAUUAUACCAAUUAUUAGUCUUUGGUAUUAGGCUGCAUUAUGAAAGGAAAGAAAGCAGCCUGGUGACAGGUCUGGGGUUGGGGCAGAUAGAUACACUCACAGAGAGCUUUUUUUUGUAAAUUUCCUUUUUCUCUGUAGGACCAAUCUUGCAUAUAUUAGUUAUUAUGGUUCUGUGGCUGAAACCAGAGUUUCACGUGGCCAUCAAUAAGCGGGAAGGAAGGAUGUGGAUGUACACAUAGGUCUUUAUCCUGCUUCUUCUUUUCUUGUUUUUCUCAUUGCUGGCAGGCUUUGAUUACAAAGCGCCUGAUAGUCGCCGCUGAUACAAACAGCAAUCAGCCGUUUGUUUCCCGGUUGUCGGCCUAAGUAAUGAGCAGAUACCUUGGGGGAGUUGAGAAGUAAUGAUAGGUGCAGGGGUGUUAACCCGACUCAGCAACCGGGGAUCCGAUUAAGCUGCUGUCGAUACUGUGUCCCUGCCCUUCGGCAACCUCUCCGGAUGUUUUAUGCGCUGCGGCGGUGUCUCAUCCACGGCCUGUAUCGGCUGUGGAUAGUUGUCCCCUCUGCUUCACAAGAGCCCGGAGUUACAGGGUUUAUCUGCGAGGGGACGCAGCAUAAAUGGAUCAUCAGCCUUUAAAUUAAGCUGAUAUCUACGUCACACCUUCCAGGUGUAAGUAGCUCUCAUCACCUCAGACACAAUUUACUUUGCUCCUUCUCCGGUUCCUACUCUGCACACCAUCAGACACUUCUAGAGGUGACAUACACACUUCUUGUUCAGACAGGCCACAUCUUUCAUAGCUGCUAACUCGUUUACUCUUUUCCUGUAAAUAAAGUAUCAAUUUCAGUUGCGCACAAAGUCCAUGUGCGCACGCAUUGGUCUUCACUCUGCAGACUAAAAAAAUUCUCAGUCAUCGUCUUUCAACCUCAACGCGGUUCCUGCGCUGCAUGUUAACAAAGAAUCAGCUCUAUUUUUUAUACAUACCCAAUAUUGCGUGCUUUCUCCCGUGUGCUUUUAUCUGUCAUUUCAGAUACGGAUAGUUUGCGUAACGGCGGUUAACAAACACAACCUGUGACUGAAGGAAAGCCCAGAUGAGCUCAUGUUUAUAGGCGAAUGUUAAAAUCCCGGUCAGGGUUUAUUUUAUUUUAUUUUCCUAGAGGUUUCAUUCCUAGAGGUUUUAUUACAAGAUUAUAUCAACAGACGCAACAGAAAACAUACGAUUUAUUGCCGCUCGAAAUAUUUUAGCAAUAGUUUUCUACAUUUAAUAACUCUGAGUAUUAUCUUGUUAGACUUCAGUUCAUGCAAAGUUUUAUUGAUCUGCGCGAUAACGAGGCCAUGGUGGAAGGCCGGCCUGCUACUGUGGCAUUAUGUGAAGUGUCGGCAUAGUUAAAUGGCGUCCGAUGGCAGUUUUAUAGACGGAUCAUAAACAACACGUUGGCUUUUUAACGUCUACAACUGUGCGUGUGUGUGUGUGUGUGUGUGUGUGUGUGUGUGUGUGUGUGAGAGAGAGAGAGAGAGAGAGAGAGAGAGCGCUUGCAGACCACAUAGGCAUUUACAUUUUAAGAAUUAGACACAGUCCAUGCGUAUAGCUUACACCCACACACACCCACACACACCCACACACACGCUUGUGUGGAUAUUGCCUCCAGUUUAGUUUGUGUUACUUCAAUUUUGACUUUACAUGCAGGAGUGAACGGGUCUAGGCUACAACCAGCCUCUUUUGCAAAGUCUUACACAGAGAAGCGCUCGAUUUCUAUCGUUCAGCAGCAUCAGAUCUUUAUUUACGAGUAAUAAUGUUUACAUGGUCUUCGCAUGCCUCAAGUCACUCGUCAUUUUGAAGGCGUUAUUUCGUCGUUUAGGUCUUUGUAUGAUCAAUCUGUCGGAGGGGAAUGCUUACUGAGGAAUGAAAAAAAGAAUAAAUAGAAGUUUCUUGAUAGGAAAUGUUUCUAAUUUAUUGUAUAUAUUGUGAGUAACCUCGUCUUUCUAAUUGGAAUGCGUUAAAUACGCGGAAUAUUAUUUUUGUCUUACUGGGACAUGACAUUUUGCUGUAGGCUAAUAUAGAUGGGUUUUUUUGUUUGUUUGUUUGUUUGUCUGUCAUGUCCUUUAGAUUGUGUUUUCUAUGUUGUCGUGCCAACUGUCUGAAUAAUCUGUUCUGAUGUCAAUCCGAUGAUCUCUGUGUGUCUAGACCUAUAGUUUGUUUAAUGGUGAACAGUAGCGAGUUGGACUCUGCUGAUGUAAAUGCUGUUAAGUACUGGGACGGAGAAGACCAAAAGGUUUUGCUAACAGGAAGCAAUUCUUCUGUAGAAAUGAUGGAUUUGUUUUAAGCAUAUGAAUGUGUUACUUCCUGUCCCAGUAUUUAUACUCUGCUGCCCGGAGGAACACAGUUUCUGGAGUUUUUGUUUGCUGAUAAAUGUGGAUGCAAUUCCAAGUCAUUCUGGUUUCCUCUCCGCUUUUUAUUGGAACAAGUCGAAGUCAUGUGGCCCCAGUAAAGACCAACUCCAGCGACUCUGAUCCUCUCCUCCAUGUGAAAUGUUCCAGUCCCUUCUUCUAUGUUGGUUCUCUUCUUUCUUCUGUGUUGUUGUUGUCGUCUCUUGUUUCUCUGUGCGAUGGCACUGCUGAUGCUGGAUUCCUAUUAAAGAACAAAACUUUACAGUA